UUGGACUGUCUGUUUCAUGACGUCACAUCCUCAACAACCUUUUACCUUUAUGGAGGACGAAAAUUGUCAGCUACUUGAAAAUGCUCAUUCUGAGUUUAACAAACGCAAUUUUGACAAGGCGGAGGAGUUGUAUGCAAGGUUUAUCGCUUGCUGUUUACAGUCCAGGAACUGUGAAGCCUCCAAACUAGCCACUGCUUACAACAAUCUUGGUCAGAUAAAGUACUUCCGGGUGGAUUUUUAUGAAGCAAUGGAGGACUACACCUCCGCUAUACAGACUGACUGCCAGGUUCCAAUCCCUUUCUACAACAGAGGACUCAUCCGCUAUAGAUUAGGCUUUUUUGAAGAUGCCAAAAGUGACUUCCAACAAGCACUCAAGCUAGAUGCUAAUUUUGAAGAUGCUAAAAGGAGCCUGCAACAGACACUUCUGGACCAACAGGAAAAGUUAAACAGAGGAUACUGAUGAUUUUACACAAGCAUCUGUGUGUAACCUCUUGAAAACCUGAUUUCUCAGAUACUUAGUGAAUGUCCUUUCAGAUAUUUGAGAACAUUUGGACAGGCACAUUUAAUGCUGACACUCGUUCCACAUUGUCACACUGAAAUGAUAAAAUAUUUAUUUUUAUAAGCAGUGAAUGAUAGUGAAAAAAAAACCAGAUUAUUAAUCAGUUUUUUCAGAUUUGGGAAUCAUUUUCUGGUUGUACUUCAUGCUUGAUUUCUGAGUUUUAUUAUUGCUGAUUUAAAAAAAAUCUUAUUUGAGAUCUACUUGUUCCAGUUAGGUAUAAUGUUUUCAUUGUAAGCCCUUCUUCCUGUACCUGUUGUCAAAUAAACACUGAGGAAAAGAUGCCUUAAUUUGGGGCAAAUUUGGGCAAUAUAUAAGUAGAAACAGUCUUACCCUAGACUUAAGCUCAGUUGAUCACAGAAGGUGAGUGAUCCAAGUCUGCAUUAUAAUGCAUUCAGCUAGGCAUCAAAAAAUAGAAAACUGUCGCCAACUUUCAUAACACGAUCAACAGAAUUUGUAUUUUUAUAGACGUACGAUAGGACUGGCUAUCCUACAUCCUAAUGACACUGAAAUGAAAACAUGUAUUUAUUGAUACAAAUUGAAUGUGUUUGUCUUGUAAAGUGCAUUGUGAUGUUACAUGCCGUGAUGUAUUGAUAAAUUGAAUUGAAAACCUGA